CGUAACUUGACGCAACCGUUAUCACAACAGCUCAUCAGACGAGAGACUUUGGCCGGAGACAAGUGCGACUACUUUACUUCGGAGCAAAUUCGCUCGGUUUUCUUUCGUUUUUCACCACUUUUUCAUCGUGUUUGUUUUCUCAUCGGAGUUUGUCAGGAUGGUUAAAGUCUCUUUCAGCUCCGCUUUGGCUCAUAAAGAUGUGAAAAAGGACGCCGAAACUCUCAUUGCCGACGAGGACAAAGAUGCGGAGGCGGCCGUGCCGGUGCGCCACCAGUCCCGGGCCUGGUGCUGGUGCAUGUGUCUGGGUCUGGCCCUCAUGCUGUCUGGGGUGGUGGUCGGGGGAGCCUACCUGUACCGAUUCUACGUCCUGGAGGUGAGCUACCACCGCCAACAAGGGUGGGACGAAGAGGAGGGCCGGUACUUCGUGUGCGGGGUGAACUACCGCGAGGAAGACUUCAUGGUCCUGGACGAAGAAGAGGUGGAGGUGGAUCUGCCGAACCAGUUCCACCUGCGCCUGGUGGAGGAGAGGAUCCGCGUGCUGGAGGACGAGCAGGUGGAGCUCAUCAACGUCCCGGUGCCCGAGUUCGGAGACGGAGACCCCGCUGACAUCGUCCACGACUUCCAACGGAGGUUGACCGCCUACCUGGAUCUGAGUCUGAACAAGUGCUACGUCAUCCCGCUCAACACCUCCAUCGUCAUGCCUCCCAAGGACCUUUUGGAGCUGCUCAUCAACGUCAAGGCCGGCACCUACCUGCCUCAGUCGUACCUGCUCCACGAGGAGAUGAUCGUGACGGAGCGCCUGGAGCAGGUCGACCAGCUCGGCUACUUCAUCUACAACCUCUGCCACGGCAAAGACACCUUCAAGCUGCAGCGCAGAGACAGGAUUCUGGGUAUGCAGAAGCGUGAAGCUCUGAACUGCCACAAGAUCCGUCACUUUGAGAACAAGUUUGUGGUGGAGACUCUGAUCUGUGAGCCUUAAAGAGACCUCACCCCUCCUCCCUCACCCCUUCCUCCCUCACCCCUCCUCCCUCACCCCUCCUCCCUCACC